UAAUGUAGUCAGGCAGGCCGUUAGGCCACACUGUUCCUGGGAAUUUCGUCGCUGAACUGUCGGGAAGCGGCUGUGUCGUCUCGCCAUGGCAAGCACACAUGUCGGCAAUUAUCAGAGAUAACUACCAACGACUGGAUGUAUGGAUACAUUUUAGCUACCUUGAAAUAAUCCAAAAGAGGAAAAAUUAUCCAGGAACCCUGAACAGUUACUGCACUAAACUACAGCUGUCCAGGACCAGCCCUAGAGCAGUCCGUCUGAGUGGGAAAACCAGUCCGUCUGAGUGGGAAAACCAGUUUACCCACUGUGCCCAGUAUGCUGCGCAGCCUGCUGGGAGCAGUUCUGCUGGCCCUGCGGUUCGGCCUGUGCUUCUGUGGGUCAGAGCUGGCUGGGCCGCGGAGUGUGGCCGUCCAGCGGGACUUGGCCAGGCAGACGCUGCAGUUAACAUGGGAAAGUGACUCCUCUGUCUUUGACAUCGAGAUUCUUCACACAGAACUGGAGGACAUGGUGUUCAACGCCACAGUGACAGUGCCUGCAGACUCCAGUAGAGGGCAGCACCAGUGGAACUGGACCUCAGCAGUGCCUCUGGAAUGCACCUCCCACUCAGUUCGUCUCAGAGCACGAGAGGACAACAGGCUGAGUCAGUGGAGCCCCAAACAAACGCUGCCAGGGAUGGACCUGCCUGAUCAGACCCAGUCCAAGAUGUUCCCACAGGACAGAGUGGUCCCAGUGGGCAGUACUCUCAGCUUCUGCUGCAUUGUGGGAGAGGGGAAGGAGUUUGGCAGCAUUCACUUUAAGAGUCAGAAGAUGGAGGUCGUCAGGCUGAGUCGCCGUAGUUACGCCACCACAGUCACUCUUCACGGACCAUCAGGUCCCACAGGGGACAAUGUGGUGUGUUUCAGUGGACCCUUACUCAUCACUGGGGCAGUGGUGUUUGUGGGCUAUCCUCCAGGUGAUGAGGGUUUAGAGUGUGAGACUUCUGACCUGACCUCUGCAGAAUGUCACUGGAGUAAAGGUCGUGACACAAAGCUAAGACUUAAAUCUGCCCUCACCAGUUACACACUGAAUGGAAGGUUUUGCGCUGAUGCCAGUGGAAGAAAUGCAAAGAAUCCUUUGCAGUGUAAGUGGGAACACUGGCAGAGGAACUGGACUCUGGUUGCUCAAAAUCCCCUGGGAUCGGUCCGGCUCACUGACUCCGCGGACGUGAACGAGCGUGUUCGCCCUGUGGCCCCUUGGAACCUGACCGCUCCGGUUGUGAAGGCGUGGAAUGCCAGCGUUGAAUGGAACUGGGCCGUCGCUGCUUAUAAAACACUGCCAAUGAUCUGUCAGGUCCAGCUGACUGGUGACGGACACACAAUCACACGUAACGUCACAGGUGUAGGUCUGGCCCAGGCAGUCCUGAGGGACCUGCGACCUGAUGAAGCCUAUGGGGUGAAAGUUCGCUGUGCGGCACUAAACCACUUCUGGAAAUGGGGCAGCUGGAGCUCCAGUCACACGCUGCACACGCAGAUGGACCGACCUGAAACUCCAGAUGUGUGGAUUUGGAUGAAGAAUGAGAGAACAGCUUGGGUUCUGUGGAAACCCCUGUCGGGCAGGGACAGCCACGGUGCGCUGCUGGGUUAUGAUGUGUCUGUGUCAGAUGAAGGAGUGAAGGGGUGGAAAACACUCUCUCUCCCUCAGCACGUUCAGAACACCUCUGUCACCCUUGGCAACACCACCGCUUCCAUCACCGUGUCCGUCACUGCGCGGAAUCUGAUUGGCUCCUCUCCUCCAGCCCGCGUGGUGGGCCCUGAGUAUCGGGCCGAUUCUGAUGAUGCAGCGUCGGAGCUGAUUGGCAGAGGUGGUGGUUUUGACCUGGCGUGGGCGGAGUCUGGGAAUGCCAGUUUGGGUUAUGUGUUAGAGUGGUUCAGCACUGGUUGUGAGGCCGACUGCCAUGUGGAGUGGCUGAAGAUUCCAGAGGGAGAGACCAGUGCUAAGGUCCAGUCAGAUUCUCUGAAUGCCGGUGUGAGGUACACGCUCUCGGUCUACGCUGUGUCUGAAGAAAGCUCAGUGCUGCAGCACAGGAGCCACGGAUACACACAGGAGAUGACUCCAGCGCAGCCUGUGAGGGGCUUGGCAGCCAAUCAGCUGGGCUCAGAUGUGCAGCUGACAUGGGAUCCAGCUGCCAUGGUUACCCACAGAGGCUUCCUCCGUGGAUACACUGUCUACCUGAGCAAUGCCUCUCACCUGGACCUUAUAGCUAAUGUCACCGACUCACAGGCCACGGGCUACACGGUGCAGGCCCUGCCCGUCGGCUCCUAUAAAUUCGUGGUGAAGUCGUACACCAGUGCAGGAGAGGGUGUGGGCUCCACAGUGGCCAUCAAACUGGACCUGGACGCCGACAUGCUGGUUAUUGAGAUUCUCAUAUCUUUGGCUGUGAUGACCUUCCUCAUCAUCUUCAUCACCAUCGUCUGCUAUAAGAAGAGGAAAUGGGUGAUGAAGGCCUUUUAUCCCAACAUACCAGCUCCCAAGGUACCUGGAGAUUGGCCAACACACCAGGGGACUCUGGAUGUGAAGCCAUCUCCCCCCAGUAUGCUUCAGAUUGUGGAGAGUCCAGACUGGGAUUCCAGUAAGGAUGGGCUGGUGGUGAUUCCUGAGGAAGACUCUGAUGAAGCUGAAGGCUACGGUGAUCAGCCCGUGGAUGGAGACUCGGACGAACCUCCUCUCCUCCGCUACUACAACCAUGUCAUGGAUGACCCCCACCCGCCCGACUCGUCCGGCUCCUCCACCAACUCCAUCAGCUCCACCCAAACUGAUGUCACCUACACAGGGGUCCAGACCUCCUCUUCCUCCUCCUGUGGGGCAGACGCCGCCCAGCCAGACAUUCAGCUUGUUGCCGGGGGUUACCGGCCCCAGAUGCAGCCCUGCGUGGUUCCUGAUGCCGACCCAGAGCCCGCCCCCCCCGGAGGCUUUGCUGGGUAUAAACCUCAGUGCUCCUGGAGACAGGACUCUCCAGAGGAGCAGAGCCUGAGUGGAUCACUGGGAAGCCCCACCUCCGUCACCUCCUCACAGUUCCUUCUCCCUGAUGCAUCCGAAGAGGAGGAGCAGCAGCAAUCCAACACCUGGUUCCACAACUUCCUCUCUGGAAAAUCCUGAAGUUAGCUGGAGAUGGCGCUAUGCUCGCCUGCCCUCCUCACGUGGGCACUAAGAACCUGUUCAGAGUGUGUGUUUGGGUAAACCAUGGCCCGCUUCACUCAGACUGGACGUCACUGAAAAUGUUCACGACUACUGAUGACACGCACAGCAUUGUGGGUUGUCAGGGCGUGGCACGACACACAACACCACUUACUCCAGCGCUGACUGUGUCACUCAGUAACCAUGCUGCCUGUUUCUCACAAAAAACACAGUAGUUUUAUUUGUCAUAUUGUGUCUUUUUUGUCCAUAAUGGACAAAUGAGAUGCCAUCGUUUUAUUUGAAUAAGCUCAACAAUUUCACACACACACACACACACACACAAUUCGUAGAUUAUGAACUAGCCAGAUGGGGAAUACAUUUUCCAGAUCAUUUCCAUAGUCUAAUCUGUUCAAACUGAUGCCUUGACAAAGGUUCCAUCUCAGAGUCACAUCACUGUUGGUUUGUAUGGGACGUUAUUCAUGGAACUCAACAUAAUUGGAAGAUAACAUGAACCAAAGCCCCUGGACUUGCCUUAACCUUCACCAGGCCGUCAAACUUGUGCACUUUUCUCUGCAGGUCACCGAGGCCAAGGCUGGUUCUCUGAGUUUCAUCUGAUGUAGCAAAAGGAUUGGUGAAUGUUCUCUUACUCAAUUUGACCAGUUUACAGUUUUAACUGACAGAGUCAAGAAGUCAGACCGACUUAAAAAAUGAUCAGAAAACUAAAGAGUGAUAUUUGCGUUCAAUUCUGAGGUUUACCCUUAAAAUCUGUCUUUUGAUGUAAGUAAAUUGGAGGCAGCCUGGCUGAACGCUGACCUGCUACUAAAUGUCUCUCUUUUCCCCCUGAGCUCCUGUGUCUGCUUCAACCACUAACCCAAAAACUCUCUCUGUGCUUUCUGCCUACUCAGGUUUACAAAAACACGAGAGUGUGUGUGUGUGUGUACCAGCGUGUGUUUUGGUGUUUGUAUUUAAAUGUAGUCUAAACACAGUAGACUAAACAGGGUGGGUGCAGAACAGGAAUGUCCCAGAAGACAGAAGGUGAGAAGACAGAUGAUCACAUGUUUUUGGAUAUAUUGGCAUUCUUACACUUUAUGAGCCUGACUGAUUGAGACUCUGUACACUACUGUGAGAGAGAUUUUAUGUUGUAAUGACUAAAAAUGUUUUUCUUUGCAGUUGUAUAAAUUGGAACUUUUUCCUAAGUAACCUGCUGACAUAUUUUAAUGUUAAACGUAAACUAGUAUGCUAUUCUGUGUCGAACCUCGCCAUUGUCUUCAUAACUGUGAAAAGAGAGGCAUGAGAUUUGGCUUUAUUUUGGCCAAGGUAUCUGUUUUUGAUCUUUGGACAGGAAGUCAGAGAAAAUAUUCAGUGAGGGAGUGAGCACUCUAAAGUUCCAAAAGGAAGUGCCUUGUGCACAGGGGGCUGAGGCCUCCGCUGAGUCAGAAGGAAACUGAACAUUCCGCUGGAACCAUGCUGAGACUGGAACCAUGCUGAGAUUGGAACCAUGCUGAGAUUGGAACCAUGCUGAGAUUGGAACCAUGCUGAGACUGGAUUGUGACAUCACUCUUGCUGACGCUCUCGUCUCCUCCUCUCUCGAACCUUUACUGUCCUGGACACUAACGUCCCAGAUGGUUCAUAUAAGAGCCAGUCUUCAAUACACUAACCUUCCUUAGACAAAAAAUAUAUAUAUAAUACUAAGUGGUGUAUUAUAAUUGUUUUGCUCUUAGUAUAAUACCAAUAAUCAAAAUAUCAUGUGAGCUGAACUUAAAUUGUCUGAUGCAGUUUGUCAUUGAAACCAGCGGACUUCUCCUGUGCUGUGCUUCCAUUCCAUUGCAUGUAAUUUAUUGUAAAUGUUAACAUUUAGCUGAAUACACUAAAUACUAACUAUGACAUAUUAAAGAUUUUAUGUGUUAUGCUAACACACUGAAUAUAUUCUAUGUCUGCAUGUUACUUUGAAAUUAUAAACAAAGAUUUCUAUAUGAUUACUGGCUACAGUGUGUUCUGUGAUUCACCCAGCACCUCCAUACUUGGG